CACACUGAGCGUCUAAUUCUGUGAGGCUACACCACCAUCUAGAGGUGAAUUCAGGCAAUGUCCCGUUUUGAAGACAGAUUCAACAUGGCUGCUCCCUUGUCGACGUUUUUAGGAUUACUGUCUGUAGCUGCAAACCAUGAGGAAGUUCAGCCACCAUGGAUGUAAAAGAAAUAGUCCACUGUGCUCUGCAGAUAGAGAAAUGCUGUGCAGACAGAAGCUAUGGGAACAUCUUGACCCUCCUCAGUGACCUUGAUAAGUUGCACGUCACAGCAGAGCAGCUAGAAGCGACGGACGUUGUUAAAGUUCUUUACAGGCUCCUGAAGACCUGCUCUGAUGACGGCGUGAAGAAAACGGCAAAGAGCUUGUUGUCCAAGUGGAAGAGACAGUACAGCAAAGAUACACAGGGUGUGAAAUGCACAGAGGAAAGCAAGGAUCCUAAGCUGAGUUGGGUCUCUGUACCAGACAAGGCUGGGGAUGGAGGAGUAUCCAGGCAGGGGGAUUCCCACUCUGGUUCAGCACAGACAUGUGACAGUAAGGUGAAGUGUGUGAAGUGUGCAGAUGAAGAAGCAUCCUCCUCAUGUGCAAAAGAUGAGCUCCAGACUUUGUCUGUCACUGCAGAGAGCGCCUCUGCAUCCUGUAGUUUCUCAUCUGUAAGAUCCAAAUGUGUUCAGCUCCUUCUUACUGCUCUCAUCCCUGAACUUUCUGAUAAAGACAAGGCUGCAGAGCUGGCAAGAGACAUUGAGGAGCACAUCCAUGAGCUCCACAAGUCCAGCCAGGUCAAAUUCAAAGCCUGUGUGAGGAGCAAGGUGGCCAACUUGAGGAAUCCUAAAAACAAACAUCUUCGUCAGGGCCUCCUGAGCGGCUCGCUGUCACCUGAGGCCUUUGCACGGAUGUCAGCAGAGGAGAUGGCUAGCGCAGAGCUCCGGCAGCUGAGGAAGGAGUACUCGUCUCGUGGUGUGAGCGAGAGGCAGCUUCCUGAAGGGGUAGAAGGGACGCAGACGCAGAAGAUCCGCUGCAAGAGAUGUGGGGGAUCAGACUGUAGGGUGACUCAGGUGUCCAGGGGGGCCCUUUUCUUGCCUGCGUGGGUGAGGCAGGGCGGCCCUGAUGAGGACGCAAUGACUUUUGUGACCUGCAGCACUUGCGGGCAGCAAUGGUACCACAGCGGCUGGGUUUGCCUCUAAAUUCGGUUUAUCGCUCGGUCUAAAAAAUGCCAAUAAAAUGGUGAAAAAAGCACUCACGUUUACAAAUCCAUAUUGCUUUUAUAGCUAAAACUGUUAGUCGAUUAAUCAAUCAGCAAUAUUUUUGAUAAUAAAUUAAUCGUUUAAGUAAUUUUCCAAGCAAAAAUGACAAAUAUUGACUUGUUCCAGCUUCUCAUAUUAGAAUAUUUGUUUGUUUUCUUUCUUUUUUGAUACAAAACGGAAUCAGUUUGGAUUUCGGACUGCCAGUCGGACAAAACAAGACAUGUAAAGGCGUCAAAUUGCAUUCUGGGAAACUGUCAGGGGCAGUUUUUUGCAUUUAAGUGACCAAACAUGUGAAUGUUUAGUUGAGGAAAUUAUCAACAGAUUAAUCAGUAAUUAAAAUAUUUGAAGGCAGUCUGACUUUUUAUUUUUGUUUUCUGAUGCCAGAUGUAUAAUAGAAGGAUUAAAUUGUUACAAAUGAUGGAUUGGAUUAGAGGGUCAUUUGUCGUAUUUUCUCGAUUAAUUGAUUAAUCAUUUGGUCUAUAAAAUGUCAAAAAUGGUAGAAAUAAAUGCCAAUCACAAUUUCCCAGUGCCCAAGUUGACAUAUUCAUAUUGCUUGGUGUGUUCCAGCAACUGUCCAAAUCCCAUGAAUAAAUAAUUUGGUUUACUGUCAUAGAAUACAACAAUAAACCAACAAAUAUUCACUUUUGAGCUGAAGCCUGUCAAUUUUUGGCAUUUUGGCCUAAUAAAAUUCCAAAAUGCCGGUGGAGUAAAAAUCAUUUUAGCUCCACUGAUGUUGUGCUGUUUUGUGUCGCGUAUUUUCUAUAACACUGAAACAGGAGUAAUGUUGAGAGGAAUGCAGAGUGGAAACAAAGGGCAGAGCGUUCUGACAGGAUGGACAACGUACUUGUGAUUUAACCAAGAAAGGUUUGAGGAUGUAUCUAGCAUGCUAUUUUAAAGUGCAGUACUGUGUGACUGCCUACUGAAAAGCCGAAUCGCUGCCUAUUACAGUCGGAUACUGAAACCACAACUUUUACAGAAGUAGCUCUCGUCAUCUUCUUCCCACUGAAUCAUUUCCUGUCCAGUUCAUCUAUACUUACAGUGACUCAAUUAACUGCUUUUCCUGGUGUCGUUUUCUGCCCUUACACCUGGCUCCUCUUUCUUAUAUGAACAUUUUCCACUCAGAGGAACAACGUAAAACCACUGACAUCAUUAACUUUGCCAUCACUAAUCAUCAUUUUGAUAUUAUAGAAGAAAGUGUUUCCGUUCCACUUAUUGUAAGUCAUACUUGAUAUGAACACUUAAAUUAGAAGACAAAAAAGAAGAAGAGAACAUGCCCCUAGCCACCUAUGAUAUCCCAGUCAUUUGAAGCAAUCUAGUUCAAGUGGAUGAGACAUGUGAUCUUAGAAAACAGUGAGCAUGUGAGUCAGUAAUCUGCCCUCCUGAGCAGCCUCAGGCGUGGAUAUCCCAUGAUCCUUCACUCAGUCGAUGUGGCAGAAAGAUUCAUUUACACGUCAGCGUGACAUCAUAUUGGUGGGCGUUAACUAUACAGGCCAAAGUUUAAAUCAGUGAUUUUUACUAUCAGUUGGAGAUAAUUCAGGAGAAAGAAGUCUUCUAAAGGCUAGUUGUAAUCUUGUGACUGUGUGAAACCAAAAUAUGUGCAGUGUACUGUAAGAUGUGAGUUCUGCUUUUAUGACGCAUUUAUGUGGGUCCUCAUUUUUUAAUGAAACCUUUCGAGUGA